UUUCUACCCUAAAAUUCUUUCUAUUUGAACUCUGAAAAAAAUAAUUAUAUUUUCCUGACGAAAAUUCUUAUCGGAACUCCUAAUUGAUUAUUGAGAAGAUAUCUUUACAAAUUUGAUACAUUUAGAUUUCAGGCUCAAAAUUAAACACAAAAAUGGAGAAAGACAAGGUCAUUAAAUGGAAGGGUCUACUUUGGACUACAAUUUUUGUUCAAUUAUUAUUUACAGGACAUUGUAGGGGGAGAAUCCAUACUUUGUGUGUGACUUGCAGUAGAAGAGGACUUCAAGUCAAACCAAAGUUGGAGCCAAUCACAUCAAUUUCGGGGGAGGUUACUGGUGUUCGGGUCAAUACAACAACCAAUAUGGUUGUUUUGGACAAUGGCAUAGUUCAAGUCGCCUUCUCUGUUCCAGAGGGAUACAUAACAGGGAUACGCUAUGGUGGCCUAGAUAAUAUACUUGAUGUAACCAAGAAGAUAUCUCAUAGAGGGUACUGGGAUACAGACGAAUCAGAUGAAAUAGGGAUUUCAGGAUCAAGUUUUAAAAUCAUAAACCAAACAGAAGAUCAAGUAGAAAUUUCAUUUUUAUGUCCCCAAACUAACUCACAAUCAAUGAAAGUAGAUAUUAGGUAUGUAUUGCUUCGAGGUAGCUCUGGGUUCUACUCUUAUGCCAUAUUUGAGCGUGAACAAGGAUCACCUGCUUUGAAUGUGGAUCAGAUAAGGACUGUUUUUAAGCUUCAACCUCAAAAGUUCCGUUAUAUGGCUGUUUCAGAUACUAUACAAAGGUUAAUGCCAUUAAUACAAGACCUUCACACUGGUCAGACUUUGGCCUUCAAAGAAGCCGUUCUCUUGACAAAUCCAACUAAUAAGAAGAUCAAAGGACAGGUUGAUGAUAAAUAUCAAUAUGCUUGUGAUGAUAAAGAUAACAAGUUACAUGGUUGGAUUUCCACUGAUCACGGAAUUGGAAUAUGGAUGAUAACAGCAAGUGAUGAAUUUCGAAUGGGAGGACCUCUUAAACAAGACCUUACAUCUCAUGUUGGUCCCACAAUGCUUGCCAUGUUUCAUAGUACUCAUUAUGGUGGUCCCGAUCUAAUAAUGAAGUUCAAGGACGGGGAGCCAUGGAAAAAGGUGUUUGGACCAUACUUUGUGCAUUUAAAUUCCAUUCCUGGGAAAGGAGAUCCUCAUAUUCUUUGGAAAAAUGCAAAAGAUCAGAUGCUUAAGGAAGUUAAGAGUUGGCCUUAUGAUUUCCCUUUAUCGAAAGAUUACCCUAAGGCUAAUGAACGUGGAUCAGUCGAGGGAAGAUUGCUCGUUAGUGAUGGAACUAAAGAACCAAUUCCUGCAAAUUCUGGAUGGGUUGGUUUGUCUGCACCGGGUGACGCGGGCUCAUGGAAAACGGAAAUGAAAGGUUAUCAAUUCUGGACUCAAACUGACCGUGAAGGAAAGUUUAUGAUUAAAGGUGUUCAUGUUGGCACUUACAACUUUUAUGCAUGGGUUCCAGGAUAUAUAGGAGACUAUAAAUCUGCAUCAAUUGUCCACAUUGAAUCAGGGAAACAAGUUAGUUUGGGUAAUCAAGUUUAUACACCUCCACGAAGUGGAGAGACACUUUGGGAAAUAGGAAUCCCUGACCGUACUGCAGCAGAAUUUUUUGUGCCUGAUCCUAGACCGGAACUAGCAAACCCAAUGUUUUUACAAGAUGAGACAAACAAGUACAGACAAUAUGGUCUGUGGGACCGAUAUACUGAUCUUUACCCAAAGGAAGAUCUUGUUUACACUGUUGGUGUUAGUGAUUUUCGGAAGCAUUGGUUCUUUGCUCAUGUACUUAGGAGGGUAGGAGAUAAGUAUGAGCCAACCACGUGGCAGAUUUUAUUUCCCUUAAAGGAAGUGGUUCCCAACAAUAACUAUACCCUACACAUCGCGCUCGCAUCUGCAACUAAAUCUGAAUUACAGGUUAGAGUCAACAAUCCUGAUGUCCAAUCUCGCCCAGCUUUUACGACAUUGCUGAUAGGCAAGGAUAACGCGAUUGCAAGGCAUGGGAUACACGGAGUGUAUAUGUUAUAUAGCAUAAGUCUAAAAAGCGAGUUGUUUCAAAGUGGAGAAAACACAAUUUUUCUGACUCAGUCGAGGAACUUUAAUUAUCAAUUCAGUGGAGUUAUGUAUGACUACUUACGUUUAGAAGGACCAUUGUCUGAGUCAUCUCCCAGGUAAUAUGUAGUUUUCUUAAGAAUUUUUGAUGAGAAUUUUAUAAUAUAUCCAAAUUAUUUUCUUUAAAUAUAUAAAAAACGUUCAUAUGAAAGUAUACA